UGAUCACUAUACAUCAUGACAGCAUCAAUCAACAGUUCCCUCUUUUUGCUAUCCUUCUUCGUCGUGAUUGCUGCUCUGGCCAGUUCUGUCGGCGGUACUUAUUACGGCUAUAAGAAGGUCGGGUCCCCGUGCACUCCGUACCUGAGGAAACCCUGCGGAGAACACAAGGUAGCAUCAGUACAGUAUUAUCCCUGCAGGCAUUGCAAAGGGGCAAACGUGUGUAAGAAAGUAACGACUUACAAGAAGCAUUAUUACAGCUGUGUCUACGCUAAGAGAUGCUACAAGAGCUAUUGGUAUGGAUACACCUGCAAGUACUAUUGCAAACAGACUGACAAGUGUGAUUAUUAUAAGACCUACAAAAGGAGUAGGUAUGGUUGCUGUGAAGGAUACACUACUGCAGCUAGUCCCAGUGAUUACCAUCAUAAGAUAAACAGUGGCAGCACCUACUACCUCAAGAGAAAUGGCUGUCCAAGACCAAUAUUUAACACAACACUUGAGUGUCUUAGAGAGCUAGGACUCACGCAAUUCACAAACCUCCUUGACAGCCUUCCUCUUGAAUCACAGCUGGAGGACACGAGAGACACAUUCACAGUAUUUGCACCGACCAAUGAGAUCCUCUCCAGCGCAAUGCUAGGAGGUGCCUCGGAUAAUGCUAAGAACACUCUUUUGAGUACCCACGUCCUAAAUAAGGACGUCCCAGCUGUUAACCUGUACGAUGGACAAAAGAUAGAGAGCCUGGUUAUGGGACGAUUCAUACACGUGACAGAAAUCGAACUGAAAAAAUGGAAAAAUUAUAGAUACAGUUAUUAUGAGCGCAUAUUCAUCAACGGACACGAGCUAUCAUCGAGGGAUGCCUGCAUAGCAACCAAUGGACGUGUACACAUAAUCAAUGGAAUAAUAGACUCAUCCAACAAAACAAUACUACAAGUAGUCGCCACCUCCCCAAACCUCACCACACUAACCUCGCUCGUCCAGACCGCCGGUCUCGUCGACUUCUUCAGCCAGCCAAAACCGCUCCUAACACUUUUCGCACCGACCGACGAAGCCAUACAAACGGCGAGUGAAGAUCUUGGCUUAGACCUUGAGAAGUGUCUCCUCUCUCCGUCAAAUCGGGACGCUCUCAACGACUUCUUACGCUACCAUGUGACAUGUGGAGCCGAGUACUCCGGUAGUCUCGUACUUCGUAAGUCCCUAACCACAAAAUCCUGCGUGAGAAAGAGGUACUAUUACUACGGCUACAGGAGCUACUAUAGGACUCAUUAUAAAUAUUAUAAAGUUUGCAAGAGGUUACCUGUUAGUACUUCGGAUGACGGAAUAGCCGUAGGAGGAGGUGACAAUGAUAAUCUGAUAACGCAUCUCGAUAUACCGGCCAGUAAUGGGGUCGUCCAUUACAUAUCAAUGCCACUGGUUAAUCCCUGUCUCAACCUCAAUAAGAUUUGUGCCGAUUUCCCUAUCAACUGUCCCAAUUGUAAUAACACAUUGGUUCCCCCUCCACCUCUCCCGCCCCCUCCAUAUUAAAACUAAAUGUAAACCCACAAUAUUACAAUAGUCAUUGAUUGACUGCUGAAAGCUGCUUUGCUGUCAAAUACAUAGAUACACAUAUAUACAUCAUAUAUCUACAUGUACAUGUAUUAUUAUUGAGAGUUUGAGACAUUUUAAAAUUUAUAAUAAUUAUUUUCUCUCACCACCUGAUUUCGCCGCAAUUCAAAUUUAUGCCCUCUCACUCAUUUUAUGCUUCAAUAAAAUCAAUUAAUUAAUUAAA